AAAGUUAUGAAAAAUAUACAAAAAUCAACUAGGGACUUUGCUCAUAAGGACAUAUAAAUACAGUAUAUCGAAUAGUGCGCGUUUAUGUAUGGUGCCGUGGUUACGUAUUAUGAAUCGACAAUUAAUUUUUAGUACUUCAGAUUAUCGGUUAACAAGCUAAAUUGUGCAAAGUAACUGGCAUGCAGUCCGAACACAAAGUUCGUCGUUCUACGAGAGCUCAAACAAUUCACUCCGAUCAGGAGAAUGCAUCCGCUGAUGAGCGGUUGGUUAUUGACGUUCCCGCGAAAUCGCCGGCUUCGGAUAAAAUGUCCAAACAACAAACUACUUCUACUCCAGUUAAAGCAAUUACACCAAGGAAAAUUUUGCCUUUAGCAAGAAAAGUACGGCGCAGACCGAAAUCGUGCAGUUCGAACAGUACCAGCGAUGAAUCCUCCCGUGAAGAAACGGAAGGCGACGAUGACGAUGAUGAACCAAAUCGACUUUUACCCAAAUUAACUCGACUAAAGGCCAAACAGCUGAAUAAAAAACCCCUUCCUAUAAUUCCGUUGAACACUCCUCGGCCGGACGCAGAGGUUGCUGCAUUGAUACGGGAGGAGCUGGGUUCCGAUGAUGAUGACGAAGAGUACAAGCCAACGGAAGAGGAAAUCCAUUCAGAUGAUGAUCCAAAUACUACGGUAUCCGACGUUGAUUCCCAACCGAGGACGCCAGCAACACCGGCCACUCCGGGAACAACUGAGCAAGAAGACACUGGGAAUGCUUGUUACACCAAGGAUGGCCUAUUUAAGAUUCCACGUCCUCGAAAUGAUAGUCAAUGUUCGAAUUUGGAACAGGAGCAGGAAAACAUUGCACGCAGGACCAGAUCAAAGUUAUGCCUUCAGACGACGGCAAUUGAAACGAUCGAGUCAACGUUCGUUCCACCGGACAUCACCACGGAUAUGUACGAUCUUGAUUGCGAAAUGGAUCAUUCGUGGAAGGAAUUUCUGUUUAAUUUCACAAAACCGUUGCCAAAUCAUGCGGAAGAUGAUGAUGAUACCGAUCCAGAGUAUGUUGCAGCGGGUAAAAUUCCCAUUGAUUUCGAAGAGCUUCGAGAAGCUCCCGUGUCGCGAAAAGAACUCAAUGAGUUAGUCUCAGAAUUUAUAGAGUGCGGUCUGAACUACGAUACUUAUAUAGAAGAUGAUUUUUCCACGGUGUCCAAUGUAGUUAGAACACCGAGUACAAAUGCAUUCCUUGAAACACAAAAUUGCCAUGCUUCUCAAUCUGCUGAUCAAGAACAAACGCAGUCCAUCAACCAGAAUCAGACGGUCAACCUAAAUGAAACCGCUAUGAAAUGUUCGUAUGCACCAACCGAUGUAAUAAUUGUAUCAUCGGAAAAUAGUGCACUCAAUACAAAUCAACAGCCUGUAGCUUCAGUAAUUAACACAUCGAUCAUCCAAGACGCCACGCCAUAUACGGGGAACUGCGGGUUUGCAACGAAUAUUGUUCAAACUGUAGCCUUCGAAAACCAAAGUACGGUAGAUUUAACCAAAUGUCAUCAGGGUAAUGCACAAGCGACAUUUCCAUCAUGGAGUAAAAUGGACAGUGGACGGUUUUUUGUGCAGGAAGCAACAAUUCACGAAUCAAGUUUUCGACCGUACUACUAUCAACCGAAUGCAAAUGCAGUAUCAGUUAACCAACUCAGAAAUGGCCAGCUGAAGCCCGCCGAUCGUCGGUACCGUUACGUACAUACUAAGAUCCCGGUGGAAGUACACAUCACAGAUGAUUCUAUUGGAUAUACCGACUUCCAAUAUCAGCUCUUCCAGCAGCAGUUGCGUAUGCAUAUUCAAUUGGCAGCGCAAAAUUUCCUGCAAAGCUACGCACAUCCUGAAUUUUGGAACAGAGCUGAACAAUUUAAAACGAUGUUGCUUGAAUUUCAAAAAAUGUUUUCCAAUAAUCCUACUGCCAAACCUUGGAAUCUUGACGCUGCUGUCGAAUGUUGCGUGAGUUGGGAAGCAGAUCUUGAGAAACAAACGGAAGAAAACAAGGAAAUGAUGAAAUUUCUUUUAGAGGAGAAAGACAAAGCCGAAAAAAAUUUGCAAUGCACUCGACAUUUUCAUUGGAAAAUAAUGGAUAAAAUAGUCGACAGUCGUGCUUUUCUGUACCCGAAACUACUGCCCCACACACCGUUCCGUAUGAAUUUUAAUCGGAAAUUUAAGAUCGAUUGGUCUGAAGAGCGUCUAAUAGCACUUGGAUUGGAGACGUUCUUACCAAUGGUUGAGCGAGAGAUCACCAAGGACAAACAGCAUUUCCGGGGUAAAAAUCGAGCGCUGAUGUUAGCAAGUGAACAUAUUGCCCAGUACUUCUGUAUGCCACACGACACGGAAAGGCUGCUCAACUGUAUUCUUGCACGCCGAAAACGGGUCGACAGUAAAAGCCCAAUUCAGUACUAUUUCAAGCAUUCGAAAGCCGCGCCCUUCGAGCACGUACUUGAGAAAAUCGACUUCAACAAUGUGAUUACGCUGGGACAGUACCAGAGAAAUAUAUUACCGUAUAUUUGGGACAAGCAUAUAUAUUCGAAUGAAAGGAUAAGUAAACUGUACCCGUCAAGUGUUGUAUCCACGCCAAAGGAAAAAGUCCGAAAUAGCGCCAGAUCUUCAACAGCAACCACGGACGCUAAUGUAAACAUCACCAUCAACGUAUCGAUAGAUCCACAGGAGCAAAGUGCUAUUUCCGUCGAAAAAAAUUUGCAAACGCCCCAGCUAUCUGCCAAUCAAUCGUUCCAGUCGGAAAAACUGCCAAAAACCAGGGAAUAUCGCGAAAGCACAAAAGAAAUAACCCUUGCCAGUUAUGUGUCUGAGUUUCGUGAAGAUUCGAUUGUUUCAAUCCAAAACAGCACUAGCAAUGUGAAACAUUUUAAGAGUGAACCUGAUUUGUUGGAAAUUUCGAAUCAAUCCGCUUUGUUGAUUCAAAAUCCGAAACAAGUAUCGGAGGAGGAAAGCUGUUGUAAAUGUAGCUGCCAUAAAAAGGAAAAGGAAACUAAGACUGACGCUAAGCAGCCAAGAAGUGUGCAAAAGCGAUUGACGGAUUAUUUUCGACCUGCUGAAAAGCAGUCUACUGUUUCAAAUAGGAAAACACGUCUUAAACAAAAGUUUUGGGAGAUUUUGCAACGCUUUCGCGCUACUGAUAGGUUUGAAUUUGAAAAUAGCAGUGUUUUUCUUACUCAAACCUAUCGUCAUAUUAGAUUGAUAUCCGACUUCACUUAUUUUCUUGAUGAUUUGAAAAAUAUGAUUUCCAACGCGAAUGUAAAAAAGAUAGACGGUGAAGUAAGAGUUGAGGAAAAUGUACUUACCGGAACAAAUCGUAAGCCAUCAAAGGUUAUCGAUGGCGAAAACCAGGAAGCAACUUACGCUUACAAUUUUUUUGAGAGAGUAGAAGAAACUCUGCUUGGCGAAAACAAGCAUGUUCAAUAUGAGAAGUUCCUUCACAUUCUACAGAGUUUCGACGGAAAGGACGAACGUGUGGCCGAUUUAUACUAUAAAAUUGAAGAACUGUUUUUGGCUGAUCACCCAGAGCUCGUAGAUUCUUUCUUAACCUUUCUUUUACCGGGACAAGCAGCUGAAGUAGGAAAAUUCUUCGAGCAUUUUAUUCUUACCAAUGCAAACGAUUUUUUGGCUAAGCUCAACGUAUAUUUUGCUAAGCAACCAUCCCAGAUAAAGAAAGUAUACACUUGUAUUAAUGAACUAUCCCAAGAACCGGAUGUUACAAUGGAGCAGAUUAAAUCACGAAUACUCCCACUUUUGAAGGGUAAUCCACUGCUAAUCGAAUGGUUUCUACAGUUGUUCCCACCAGAAAAACCAAUAGAGAGUGGUAAUCUCAACGACUAUGAAGUCAUAUCGUUGAAAAAGUUACCUCCAACGGAUUGUACUGAUGCGGGUCAAAUCUAUGAAGACGUUCCGUUUGUAGAGGUUCCUACGGAACCAAUCGGCGAGGGUACGGUGUGUGGUAUGAAGUACAUUCAGGGGCGAAUUCUCUAUGGAACAUUGCCGGCGAGACUGUCAUUUCUUGCGCACGAUUGUAUUCCACCAACUCAGCCAGCGAAUGAGCCAUCGCCGAUCAAAGGAUGUGUUCACAAUGUUCGUAAUAUGGAAAAGACGAAAGGAAGUGGUACCGCUGAUGGCAUUGAUGAAAAGGAUCCCGAAUCAGAAAUGCGAUCAGAUGCAGCUGCAAAGGAGGAUUCACCAUUUAAACUCUGUGAUAAGGCCGCUUUCAAAGCGCACGCCAUUAGACUGAAUCCUCUUGUGCACGGUGGAAAGGGUGUGAAUUUUGCCGAGGUAGCCCAUUUGCUUGUAUCGGAUGGCGAUGCAACUUUUGAGAGCGAUAACCUUUCGGAGGAGGAAAAAAGUUUAUCGCCCAAGAAACCACAUUUUUUCACGAAAUCGAUAGUAACAAAAAAGCGCAUUAAUUCUCCGGUAAAUAAAAAACCCGCUGCAGGAAAAUUCUCUCCUCCCACUGGUAAAAAAUGCUCGCCAAUCCUGUCAUCGAUCCCACCAGACUCAAAAGUUGUGUCCAUUUCGAGAAAACUUAAGAGCUUAGUCGACUCACCGGUUGCAGAAUCCGUUCCUGCCGAAAGUGAAACCGUAUCAGCCAUUUCAACUGGCACAGUGAAAAGAAAACCAGUAUCAUCUCUCAGUCCCGACGCACAAAGCUCGGCUAAACGAGAGAAGCUAUCGAAAAAGUGUGAAGCUGCGGAUGGCGGUGAGUCGGUACCCAUUGGCGAGAAGACGGUUCAAAUCGAGGAAGGUAAAGAUACUGGCAGCCAAUCCAGUUGGGCCAGAGAAGAGGACAAAGUUAUUCUGGAGGAAAUUAAAAAUGGCUUCAGUACGGUAGAGGAACUACUCGGUAGAAUCGAGAAGAAAUUGGAAAGCAGAAGUUUAUCAGAUAUAAGAAGUAGGUAUGAGUUUCUAAUGGAAGUAUUGAAGAAAUUCCAAAAGGCAAACUGAACAGAAUUUUCUAACUAUAACGCCAAUAUAAAUACCUAUUACUUUACUUUAAUAUGCAUGAUUCGAUGAGAAUGGUUGAAUAUAUGUUUAGGAAAUGUACAUAGU